AUUCACUGUCAACCAGAAAUCGCAAACUGUUUUGCUACCCUAGUGAUGACAGUACAAUGAACUCUAAAACUACAUAUCAAACCGUAAGUUUUGAUGAACGUCAAGAUGUGAUUCGACAGUUCAACAUCUCUGUUGAUGGAUACCUCGGAAUUCAGGAAUCGCAACGAGUAAUCGUCGAUAUCAUAUCGAAUGAGUUUCGAGUCUAUGUAGUGUUUUACGUCGAUUUGUAUUUAUACAGGUCACAAAUGUUUUGCGUUUGUAAAAUUUAUUUAUCUUUGUUUUAAUACCCCGUAGUUCAUCUUUAUGCUUUUAAAAAGACAUAUAGUUUUUGCUUGAUUAGUGUUAUCUCAAUUAACAAAAUUUAGGCUGCUUCCCAAAAUCUGUAAACAAACGACAUGUCCGCUUUAUGAUCAUGCACCUGUCAAACUAGCGUAAAUAUGACCCGCAAGUGUUUUAACGAUAAUGCAUCGACGGGAAAUAAGGGGCGAAGAAUACCGACUACAGUACCUGCAUUCAGGGAGAAUGGCAUCUUGCGAGUUUUCAGAUACCGGAUAUGAUUCAUUUGCUGGUAUUGAGAUACAGUGACUAGCCUAAUUAUGCUGGCGAUUUUGCAAGGAUGUUACCUAUUGAUAUCUGGCCGACAUGGGUGAUGUCGAUAGGCGUGGUUGUUCCACUAGUCGCUGCCCUAGCAGUGUGUAUUUGUGGAUGCAGGAAGACCGUUCCCAAGAAUGAGUUACUGGGCCUUGAUGGUGUUGUGAAAAUAACAAAUCCAGAAGAAAACUUAAACCAUAAUCACCAACCAAGUGAACUCAAUGACACCACAGUAACUGUUCGAAGCACUACACCAGUUACAGAUUCUAAUGAUAUAAGUAGAAGACCUGCUAGCGCAAAUAGAAGCCUACCAGACAUUCCUGUUGACUCGGAUAGGUCACAGGUGGAGAGCAGAUUGCCUCUUUGGGAGCAAGAACCAAAUGGUGAUACAAGUUCGGAGCUUUAUGCUACAGUUGGAGAAAAUAAGAAUGUGACCCAUCCACUCUCUCGACCACUGCCACAAAAUGAUGCACCUACCACUUCACAGCAAGAAACCUUAACAGAAGCUGCAGAGAGAAACCUGCAGCCAGCAGACUCAUUUCCAUCCUAUGCAACAGUGAAGUCGGAGCAUCCUUAUGACAAGUUGAAGUCAAAUGAACAUCCUUAUGCUCAAGUUGGAUCCUCUGUUCAAAAUACAUCAGGACGUGCAGUGGAAUUAAGGCAUGAGGAGCAUGUGAGAAAUGCUUCAUCAGUACCUCCAGCACAAAUAGAGAGUGAACCAAUUCCACCUCCUCGGACUCGACGAGCUGUCUCAUUGAAUCCUCCACCAGCGGAGCAAGCUUCUCAUGAGAUUCCAGCUGCUCCAGCAAUAAUGGGCCAUAUUCAUGCCAAUCAAGAUCUUCCUUACAUGACGCCACCCAUACCUGGAUUCAGUGGAGAUUCACAGGAUUCCAAAGGCUACACAAGCAUAAGUGUGCGUGAACCUCUAGCGAAAAUCAAAGCUCAGACAAAGGCGGCAAAUCAACGCAGUAGGACACAGGAACUGGUGGACUCCCAUUAUGCCACUGUCUCUGAUGAUUCAGAUGAAAUGUAUGCUGCAAUUGAAGAUCCUGGAAUGGAAUACACUAGUGGGAGUGACACGUAUGCACAGAUACAAACAACAGUACCUGAAGUCAUCCCAGCACCUGCACCGGUGCUCGAUUCAGAAGAAAUUAAUCCAGCAAGCUCUGCAUUUCCCCCCCAGCCUCCAAGUGUAGACAGUUUACGACAUGUUGCACAAGCACAUUCACGUCAAGCAUCAACAUCGAGUGCAACAAGCUCUGUAAUUAAUUUGGGUUCACCAAAACCAGAGAAGCGUCAGGCAAAUUCUCCCUUACCUCCACCACCUGUUGGCAGUCCAGAGCUUAGAUAUACUGUACCUGUUACAAGUCUGGAAGAAAUGUAUGCAAAGGUGAUGAAGAAGAAACACAAAUCAGCUAGUCAGGUGGAGACCCCCACAGAACUAGCUGGACAUCCUCAGCAGUCUGGAGACACUAGUAUGCUUGCAGAAGCUACUGCUAUAAAUGAGUGUAUUACCCAGAUUGAAACAAUUAGUGACAGUUUUGGUACUGUAACAACAAGCAAAGCUGUCCCAGAAGAAGAAGCCAGUAGCAGUGAUUUAUGUGCAUUACCCCAAGUGCAAACUGAAAUUCAAAAUGAGAGUGCUGUAUAUGAACACCUCCCAAAGCAAGGAAAUUUCAAAGAACAGGAACCUGGUUAUGAAAGUGUUGGGCCAAAUAGUUUAGUUAUGCCAUACGACCCAGGUUAUGAGGUUGUACAUCAGGUCCAGCGUAAUCCUUCAGACUGUGAUCCGAAUUACGAACAGCUUCGGCCACAACGUAAAACUGAUCCUCAUCAAUACAAUACAGACAACAGAGAGGAGGGUGGUAUGAAACAUGAAUACAAAGGCACAGACAGUGGACAGAAGAGAACAGAUUUACAUACGGGCUUCACGAGUGUAAAUCUACCAGAGAUGACAUUAACUACUGAUGAACCAAAUUAUGAGAGUAUGACCAGUGAUACUCAUGAACCUAACUAUGCUGUAGUUUCAGGAACAUCAGGAGGAGAAUCUGAUUCAGCCUAUGAAGUUGUUCACCAGGAUGAUCCUAACUAUGAAAGUGUUAAUUACUUCGAUGUCAAUAGUGUUGAGCCUCCAUAUGAAAGGCUCCAUAACGAAGAAGCAAGAGACUCUGAUAGUGAAACUGUUUCAGGUUAUGAGAAAGUAAAACUACAUUGCAACAGCUCACUUAGUACGUCACAGAGUGAGCAAAUCUCACAUUAUGUUUCACAACAAAAUGCUGAACCAGGUUACGAAGAAGUGAGACACACAUCCAGUACUGCAGUUGAUAAUGGGAGUUCAAAUAAUGACUAUGGAAGUAGUGCUAAUAGCAACAUUGAUAUUUAUGCUCGUAUUACAAAAAGCUAAGUGAGGUGCAUAAGAAUAUCAUUGUGUUGCAUGUCCAGUAUUAUGUGUGAAUGUUUGUGUGUGACUGCUUUUCCAUUAUUGCUGUGCGUGUGACUUGUAACUUUUUCGAUGACAGUUUAUAAAAAUUGUACAGUGAUAUUAACUGCCUUUUUAUAAUCAGAUUCUUACAUAUUAUUUAUUAAUAUUUUCAUUAAAUUUUUUAUACUGAAAGUCAUCAUUGCCAUUUUUCACAGAGUACCUAAUAUAUACAUAUAGAAAAAUAUGAAUUGUUGAUUUAUUUAGUAUAUUUAUGAUACAUUACAUUAAAGUUUCCAAUUAUUGUGGUGUAAAAAGCAAAUUAUUUAAUUUUUCAUUAAAUUAUUUUAAUUCUGA